AUGCCUGUUUGGGUCGACUUACGGGUCAUCACCUGCUGCGCAGUUCUCUUCUAUAGUUUCGCAAGAGCGCAGAUUUCUGAUGAUGAAUGCGCCGCCUACCACGAGCUCCAUUCAGCUAGUGACUAUGAGACAUUUUUCGAAGAUUGUGCCGGCAAAGAGGUUCUUGGAUUCGAGGAAGGUGUCUCGAAUAAGUUUCGCGCCCGGCAUAUGACCGAGCAAAUGUUUAACAAGGUGUUUGUGAACGCACGCAUAAUCAAGUUCCAUAUUUUCGUGCAGAACAGCGAAUUUGAACACCUGGCACUUCCAAAUUUAGAAGAACUCUCUGGUUUAACAGUCCGUAACAAUGAGCGACUGAAGUCGUUUCGAAUCCGACGCAGAUUGCAACUCGACCGUAAGAACGACCCACCGACUACCAUAACCGUGGAUGGGAAUCGGCUACUAGACGCAGAAAGCAUGGCUGACCUGCGCCAUCUUUGCCCGUACUGCGACAUCUUCGAAUGGACGAAAUGCAGUGCUCUGGAGGCGGUCUCGCCUGAAGACUAUGGUCAGCUUGUUCAAAAGUGCCAAGGAGAAAAGAUUAUCAAAUCAAAACCACGCAGUCAAUUGUUCCUGGAUUUGAGCAAGAUGUCACAGGAGCAAUUUCAAAUGCUAUUCUCUGAAGCAACGCAUGUUCAAAUGUGCAUUACGGUGAAAGAUGUUUUGUGGCCUGAAGUGGUGUUCCCAAAACUCGUACGGCUGAUACCAUGUGGGCCAGGUGAUCGGUCUCUGAAAGUUGUGCACAACGCGAACUUGAAGCAGCUUAGCUUCCCAGCCUACAAUUCGGAAGGCUUCGGUCGCCUGAACUCUAUGAUCAACGUCGAGCUACGGAACAAUUUCGUUCUACCAGAGCCAAUUUUGAUGUCCAUGAAACGAUACUGUCGUUUCUGCACUAUUCAAGUAUACAAAGAAUGCGACCGAAUCUCUAGCGCGGCAAACUCGAAACGCUAG